AAUUUUUGCAUAAACUUUUUUUACCAUUUAAGUGCCAACGAUAUUUGAGAUGAACGCAUGAUGGCAUUUUGUGGACGUGAGGUUCAAGCACUUACAAACGUCCUUACAGCUUCCGUUUUGCUUAAAAGGAGCUUUCCAGUUCCCUGCUAUAGGUCUUGUUUAUUCCCCUCUUGCUAAGCCUCACUCUGUUCGGAAAGGUAACGAAAGAGCUAUAACUGAUUGUGUCUUUCAUGGACUUUGCAUUAUAAAAUUGUUUGUUCAGCCAUUUUCACAGCAGACAAUAGGUCGCGAAGAGUUUAGCCAUUACCCCCUGCAGAGUGCCUCGGUCAAGUGUUUGAUUCUCGCUGUCAGUGAUAGUUGUUGAAUGUCUCGCGGGAGAUGGCGGGCUUCCUGAGACAUAGUUGUUUUCUUUUCCUUGUUGCUUUAUUACCAACGUUUGGUGGCUGCAUUCGCCCAUUUGCAGUUCCAAAGAAUCUUUUCGUGCACGGCACCUCUCCGGAUACCUUGCCAGAGGGAGUUCGUGUGAUUCGACGGGCGCGGGAAGCUCACGAUGAAGUUGAUCUGGAAAGUCCGCAAGAGCUCGUAGAAGACCUUCACGGGCGCUUUCGUCGUGAUGCAAGCCCCGAACCGGAGGUUUCUCGUUUCUCUCUUGGAUACUACGACACAUAUUUUAUGUACUGGCCUCGGAAUCGUUUCAGGGAAAACUACGUGUUCUUGCUAGGCAAGAACACUACACGCAGUAAGUCCAGCAAAGUUUUCGUGUCGACAGACUACGGAAAGAGUUUUACAAGUCAGAACUUAACAAGUCCAAGCACUCCAUCCCCAUUGAUUGACCAGAUAUACUACGGAAAAGCUGAUCCUCACCUGUGCAUCCUUGCCGAUAAAGUGAACAAGUUUCUCUAUAGAACAGAUGAUCUGGUCAAGUUUACACCCCAAAAAAUUACCUGGGAACCAUCAUAUCUUACAUUCCAUCCUUGGGAUAGUAAAUUUGUCAUGGGAUAUGACAAGCCAGCUGAAAAGCUCUACUUGUCAAAAGACUCUGGAAAAACAUUUACUCAAGUACAGGGUGAAGUGAAGUCAUUUAAUUGGGGUGUUAAAGGCCUUGAUUUACCAGAUGUAAUUUUUGUUGAGACAUAUCAAAAGCCUCUUCAAGAACGACUUAAAUCCCGAGAUAACAAAACUUCAGUAAACCAGGUGGACAGCAAAGGAAAAAGAAAAGUACUUGCAACUAAUGUGGAGGAAUUUGAAAUGAUGAAAAACUACAUGUUCAUUACUACAAGGACGGACCCUAAGGCCAAACACCCUAUCUUGCAAGUGUUGAAAGAUCGUAAUUUGCCCUUCAAGAAUACAUCAUUUCCAUCGAAUGAAGAAAGCAGAGACUUUUUCGUGUUUGAUGUGGUCGAAGAACAUGUAUUUGUGGUCAUCAACCACUUGAGGAAUCUGUCAAAUAUGUAUGUGUCGGAUAUGAGUGGCCUCAAAUACCAACUGUCCUUGCCGAGGGUUUUAUAUCAUAAUCCAUUCACAAAUGUUUCAUCUCCUUGGCUCAGAAGCGUGAUACCUUAUGCUUUUGUUGAUGUGGAUAGAAUCCAAGCCAUGCGUGGUAUUUAUCUUGCUACCCAGUUAACACCUGGUCCAGUGGGCAAGAGACAUCUGCUGACGCUUAUCACUUAUAACAGGGGUGGAAAAUGGCAGCGGGUUCGUUCUCCAUCUGUGGAUAACCGUGGUGUCAGAAUUAACUGUUAUUUGCCUUCUUGUUCCCUUCAUUUCAAUCUGCUCUAUGGUGCAGUGUAUCGUGUUUCUCCAUCAGAGCGAUUGCUUUCCAGUGAGUCUGCUCCUGGGCUUGUGAUAGCUUUAGGUGUGGCAAGUACUAAUCUUAAGAUAUAUCCUGAUCUGUUUGUAUCACGGGAUGGAGGUCUGGGAUGGAGCAGGGUUCUACGAGGGAAAUAUUUGUUUACUUUUGGGGAUCAUGGUGGAGUAAUUGUUGCUGUUCCCUACAGACGCUACACUAAGACACUCAGGUAUAGCACGGAUGGUGGUUUUACAUGGAAACCCUACACCUUCUCUCAAGUAGCUAUUCUAGCACGCGAUGUUGUCACUCAACCCGGGGAAAGACUGCCAAUUUUUGUAAUUUAUGGAAAUGGAAAUCGAAACCGAGCAUGGACAGCAUUUUACAUUAAUAUGACAAAUGUCAUGGGUCCAUUGUGUAAUGCUUCUGGUUUUACCAAGUUUACGGAUGGCUGUCUUCUUGGUCGCCAACAACAGUUCGAGACCAGAAAUUUCACCCUACCUUGCCAUACAGGUCGUGACUAUAAGAGAUUCAAAAUUGUUCAAAACUGUGAGUGCAACCGAGAUGAUUUUGAAUGUGACUAUGGUUUUGAAAGAAAGCGUUUUGAUGAAGACUGUACUCGCAUUAAAAGUGAAGACUUGAAUAAUGACAUUAUACCUGAUAAUUGUCCUGAGGGUACAAACUACAACAGGACCCAAGGGUUCCGUAAGAUCGAAGGAGACACGUGUGUAAAUGGAUCUGAGAAAGACUUUUUGCCAGUUUCGACACCCUGUCCUAUCAAAGAGUUGCAAAAUUUAACCCUAACAGGCAAAGGUAACAAUGUCACUGAAGAUGGCAAUAUUGCAGUUGAAACUGGGGCCAAGGUGUCUUUCACUGCUUCUCUUGCAAAAGCAUAUCAGCCAAAUAUUGCAUAUAGGUGGUUCUUUGGAGAUGGGCAAGGAGCAAAAGGGACAGGAAUAAAAUUUGCCACUCAGCAGCACGUGUAUUCCAAGCCUGGGAAGUAUAUUGCAUCAGUUGUUGCAUCAAACACUCGAAGUACUCUUGUGCAGAUAUUGGAAGUGCAUGUUCAAGAAAAACUUGCAGCCAAUAGAAUGAUGAUGAAGUUCAGUCCCAAAGAUCCUGGUGUAAACGAAGACGUCCUAUUGGCUGUACAUCUUAAUUAUUCAGAUGUAGAAGUUGGGUAUGUUCGGUAUAAAUGGACAUAUGAUGGUAAAGAAACUCAAGGAUUGCAUCCAGUUAAUAUUCUUAGCUUUAGUGAAGCAAAGAGCUACGUCGUUACAGUCACUGCAACAAAUUAUUUGAACUCUAUAACGAAAUCUGUAACAGUCAAAGUCUUGAAAGACCUCACUCCUGUGAAUGUUACAGCUAGUGUUCUUGGGCCCACAAGAGUUUUAGUUAAAUGGAAACAAUUUGCCACAGAAGCUAUUAAGCUCAUCAAAGAAUACCGGGUUUAUAAAAGUACUUCAGGUAAUGUUGAAUUCAAGAUGGUGUCCUGCACAAGUCUGACAAACUCAUCAUGUAUACUGGACAACCUAUCUCCUGCUACAACAUACUACCUCAAGGUGUCGACAUAUUCUCAAGAAUACAAGGAGUCCACAUUUUCAAACCUUGCAUUUGUCACAACUAAUACCAGCGCUCCUGGGGCACCUGAAAGCCUUCGUGCAUAUCCUCUUAAUUCUUCAGCCAUUAAAGUGGACUGGAAGGCUCCAACAAACCCCAAUGGACCCAUCAAAAGUUACACAAUCCGCUAUUGGUCCCACAAUGACCCCACUGUGAAGAGUGUUGACAAUGGUCCUUCACUAUUCAAAAUCUUUACAAAAUUACAGCAAGAUACUGUUUAUUUCUUUGAGGUCUAUAUAAAUAGUGACUCUGGUCGUAGCAUAGCAGCAGGGCCUGCCCAAGCACUGACAAAGUUAUCAAAGCCAACCCUUCCACCACGGGACCUUAAGAAAGUGUCAGACAACGGUACUUGUGCUAUACUAAACUGGAAACCACCAUAUCUUUCAAAGUCAGACAACAGGUCAUUUCCAGCCAAGGGUUACAAAAUUCAGCGGCCAGAUGGCAGCACAGUUGAUGCUCCUACAAACUUUGCCAUUAUCUGCAAGCUACCACCUGGAGACAAAUACGAGUUAAAAGUAUGGGCUUAUUCACAAGCUGGAGAGGGGCCAUGGGCAUCAAUCACCAUAAAUACACAAAUAAUAAAGCCUGGUGCACCACAGAAUGUGAGGGCCAGUAAGAUACUUGCUCAUGAAAUAACAUUAGAGUGGAAGCCUCCUGCACAGAGCAAGGGAAGUCUGACAUAUGAAGUUUACCAGUUAAGCCCUCUCAGAGAGACGCCAUUUAAAGUUCCUCUCUCCCAGACAAAUUUCACAGUAACGCAACUGGAUCCCUACAAGACUUACAAGUUUGCAGUUAGCGCUAAAAAUAGUCUGGGCUCUAGUGUGAAGAGUGCAGUAGUGACAGCAACAACACAGCAAACUAUCCCUGGUAUUGUGGAGUUUGUCACAACAGAACCCGUUCAACCUUACUCGGCAAGCAUAAAAGUCACGUGGUCAACACCAUCUGAACCAAAUGGAGUCAUCAAACAAUACAAGAUCAAGUGGGGGAAAACUGUAAUUGAAGACCCAUCAAACACAGAUAAAUUUGAGGUUAUGACAGUUGAUGGCUCGGAGUCAGCAUCUACAUUUAAGCAUCUAUUCAGCAACACAUAUUACUCCUUUGCUGUGACUGCUGUAAAUAAUGCUGGUGAGGGAUUACAGCACAUAAGUCCAAAGAAGGAACGAACAGAAACAGCUCUAAAGGGCACAGAAACAUUGAACAUGACUUUUACUGGUCCCAUUAUGGAUGAUGAAAACAAGAAGGACUUCAUCCGUCAGUUCAUUAAAGUUGCAAGCAUGAAAGCUAAGUUAUUAGAGGAUCGUAUAGCUGCUGUUGAGGUGAAGGGAACUGAAGACCCAACUAGAGGAACAGUUGUGUUUGAUCUCAUUCCACCACUUAAUAGCUCAGGUGUUUCCAUGGAAACAGCCAAAGCUGCUAUCAAUAAUGGCUUUAAAGCAAGUGAUUGGAUUCUUGACAGUGGCUCCUUAAGAACUGUUUCUAGAGAAACCGUUCCAGCUACACCAGAAGAGAGGCCAUCAGUUGGUGCUCAGAAAGGUGGCUCACCUAAUGAUGGCAGUCAAAAGAAAAGUCUGGCCAUAAUAAUACCCCUUGCAUUAAUAGGAGUAGCUCUAUUAGUUGGUUUGAUAUUUUUUUACAUGAAAUACAAAUCACUCGAGAAGCACUACAGAAAGAUGAGUGAAAAAGACCAUGAGGAAGAUGAAAUGAAAGUUGUUUACAAUGAGGAAAUGCAAGCAGAUUCUCCUGAUGUUAUUUUUGGUGAUCACAUGAAAAGAGGAAGGAGUAAGGUUUACAGAGACUCUGAGAAAGUUCCUCUAGGUGACAAUGAUGAACUGGCAAUGAUAUAAGACUCUGGUUCUUUAAUUCCUCAUCUCAGUGCACCAGUAACACUACUUUAACAUAUGAAAAGGUGCAUCUUGGAGGUUUCUAUUGUGUUGUUCCAGAAAAUAUCCAUACACCUCCCAUAGAAGGUUUUUCAUUUUGAACCCCCUCACCCCUCUGGAAUUCCAGUUUAGCUUCCUUUAAACAUUUUUGCUGUUGAUUCAACCUCUCUCCCUCCCCCCCUCCCCCCCUUAGAAUUUCUGUUAACCUUCCUUGGGGUGGGUGUGA